AUGAGAUUUCCAAAGACCCAGACUAGCCUAAUCUUUCUCGCAUCAGUGCGUGCUAUCUCAGCGAACUGUGAUCUUCCAUCGACCUACAGUUGGACAUCAACCAGUGCACUAGCGAAUCCCCAGUUGGGAUGGUCGGCACUCAAGGACUUCACCAAUGUAGUCUAUAACGAUCAGCAUCUCGUGUAUGCGUCUACCGCCGAUACAGCUGGGAAUUACGGCUCGGUGGCCUUCGGUGUCUUUUCAGACUGGUCUGACAUGGCUUCGGCGACUCAAAACACAAUGAGCCAUGCAGUUGUUGCACCCACACUGCUCUACUUCAAGCCGAAAGACAUCUGGGUUCUAGCCUACCAAUGGGGUUCUACCGCGUUCUCCUAUCGGACAUCAAGUGAUCCCACCGACGCCAAUGGAUGGUCAUCGGAGCAUCCCCUUUUCUCUGGAAGUAUAUCUGACUCCAGUACCGGCUGUAUCGACCAGACGGUCAUCGGCGAUGAUACAAACAUGUAUUUAUUUUUCGCGGGAGAUAAUGGCAAGAUUUAUCGGGCUACCAUGUCCAUUGACGACUUCCCGGGCGACUUCGGCACAGAAUCAGAGGUGGUCCUGAGUGAUACUUCCAACAAUUUGUUUGAAGCAGUCCAGGUGUACACUGUCAAGGACCAAACCAAAUAUCUUAUGAUUGUCGAGGCUAUUGGGUCAAACGGGCGGUAUUUCCGUUCAUUCACGGCCAACAGUCUAGACGGUCCGUGGGAAGCGCAGGCGGCAAGCGAGAGCCAGCCCUUCGCUGGAAAGGCCAACAGCGGCGCCACUUGGACAGAUGACAUCAGUCAUGGUGACCUGGUUCGCAGCAACCCCGAUCAAACAAUGACGAUCGAUCCAUGCAAUCUGCAGUUUCUUUACCAGGGGCGCGAUCCGAGCUCCAGCAGCGACUACAACACCCUACCUUACAGGCCGGGAGUGCUGACACUACUGCAAUAA